UAAGUCGCUUCUUAUUUUUGGCGCGCAUCAGCAGCUGUUGGAGAGUUAUUGUUAAACAAAUUAAAAUCUUUAUUUAUUUAUAAUGCAUUCCGAGUUUAAUUUGCCUAAAAUACCAGAUGAUCUUUUGGUUGACCCCGUACCUAAUUGGAAGGAAUUGCUUAAGGAUUCCAGCAAAUGGCACUCGAUUCCCAUUUUGAACUAUACGCCGCUGCACAAGCUGAAAGAUCAGACUUUGGUACGAUUUCGCGGCAUGAUCCAAGAUAUGAUGGAUCCAGAGAUCUAUUUGGAACGAUACGAGGUGAAGUCUUCUGAUGCCAGUAGCAAACGGCUCCAACAAGGCAAAUAUCGCGAUUGUUUGAGAGUAAAGCAAGGGGAAGAGAUAGACUACCAGGCUGAGGCUAAUGUGCAUGGCGAGAGGCGUACUCUUUUUGUGGUGUCAAUUCCGGGACUAAAUGAUUGGACCAAGCAACACGAAAAGGAAUGCAGUCCCAUACAAGAGCUGGCGACAGAAUCUCAAAACGUCAAUCAGGCCAAGAAACGAGCUGCCACAGAGCAAAACGAUCAGGAACACAUGGAUGUGGACGAAACUGAGGCUGGUCCUCUAAAAAAGCAAUGUGUCGAAGAGUUGCAAACUGUAGCUAAAGGCGCAGCUUCUACCGGUCUUGCUAAGGAUUAUUUGCUAAACUCUCCUCUUCCCAGUCGUCCUAGCAUGGCAUGCAUGGUAAAGGUCUAUGAGGAUUUUGAUUCUUAUCAACUCAAUACCCUGGUGGAUUUUGUUGGUUUUCUCUCUGUGGAUCCCGCACUAGAUGCCUCGUCUUUGGAUAUGGAAGCUUUGAAUGAUAUGGAGAGUUUGAGUGAAUUGCAGGCGGCAAAUCCCUCACCAUUCCUUAUACCAAGACUGCAUGCCUUUGGAGUCCAAAGGCUGCCACAUGCUAAUCCCCUGCUUGAUCAGAGUUUAUUGCAGUCCAAUGAAGAAGCCAUUGCUUCACCCGAUGUUAUACACAAGGACUUGCGAAUUCUGCUCAAGCUGUGCCUAUUUGACGAUGAUUUGGCAGCAGAGUAUAUGCUUUGCCAUUUGAUAUCCACAGUCUAUAGUCGUUCCGAGAUGCAGAGCAUUGGAAAAUUUACGCUUAACAUUUGUAAUCUGCCCAAGGAAUGUUUGGAACAUUAUACGACCAAACUAUACCAAAUACUAGAAUUGCUUCUGCCUGCAAGUCAUUAUCUGGCCAUGUCGCUGGACACUAUGAACACAUCGGCCUUUGCUCCAAAAAAGGACUAUGAGACCAAUAAACUUGUAUCGGGCCUACUUCAACUGGCUCCACAUACUCAUCUCGUGCUGGACGAGACUCGUCUGCAGCAGGGUAAAUUGGAGGCCAAUGGUGUUCAGGCCAUACAACAUUUGGCUCACCUAAUCAAUAAUCAGCAGCUGAAAUGUGAUUUCCAUUUCUAUCACAUUGAUUAUAAUGCUGAUAUUCCUGUUCUAAUCCUAAGUGAGGGACGCAGUAUGUUACCAAACGAUUUUGCUGUGCCCCUUAAUGCCGAUUCAAAAGCUGUGGAACUUGUUGAAGAAUCUCUUAAAGCUGCCCAUCACUAUCUCUCGCAAAACGGAAGACUCCAGCUAUUUCGCAAAUAUCUCACUUUGGCCAGGAUUAGCCAAUUUACUGUUAGCGAAGAGCAUACUGAAAUGAUUCAACAAGAUUUUGUGGAUAUGCGUAAAGCGAAUGUUAAGAGCAAUGCCGAUGAUUUGCAUGGUCUGUUGGUUCUGUCGCGUCUUCUGGGCAUUGCCCGUGGCAAGGACUCAUUGGAUAAGGAAACUUGGCAACUGGCCACAGAAUUUGAGGCUAAACGACGACAGCGAUUGCAAUCAUUGCCCAAGUCGGCCGCACAGUUACGUAAUUAGCAGACAACCUUUUAAAAUAUAAGUUAUUUUAAUUAAGAAUUGUAUUAAAAAAUAUAAGCAUUUUUAUGGAUUAUUGAUAACAUA